AUGGAUAAAACGUUGAUGAGCAUGAUCCUUGACGAAAGGUUGGUCGUAACAGCGGUGACUCUCAGCCGCAAGGAGAAGAUCACGACAAGCGAGGCUUACAGAGCGAUGACGGAGUUCUACAAAAAGCACACGAAUCAUGGUGGUAUUUGGGCAACGGUGAUUGUCUCAGGAUACCGCGAAAAGUUUGGUGUAUCUGUCAGAUCAACUAUUGUUUGUCGUGAAGAACAAUUGGAGACCGUAAAGAAGCAAUUUCUUAAUGUUGAUUCUGUCGAGUUGUUCAGUCUUCAAGCAGUGCCUUUGAAGGACAUCUCUUCAAUUCUGGCUCGUGAUCGACUGGAGGAUUUAAAGUCUUUCCAUAUUGAUACCAAGGAGAAUGCACCGAAUCCGGUGAAAUACUGUGCUGAGGACUUCGAAGUGCUACGCAGUGAUCAGCAUGAGGUAUUCAACGCUAUGAAACGUAUGGCUGAUGGCGGAAAGCCUGUCAGUUGUGCUUUACCCGGAAGUUCACAAUAA